AUGGUGUUCGAAGGAGCCACUCAGUCUCCGUAUUCCACGCUCUUAACAUUCUACACGGCCUCUGGGUCAAGAGCAAUUUCUUCACUCACAAAAAUCUACAAGGCCACAAGAGUUGGGGGCUCAGACAGUGACGACCGCUUGGAGGAGGUCAUCCAACUGUAUGGAGAAGAGGAAGGAGGUGAGCAGGACCCACAGCAGAAAACCCUGCCCAAGGAGGAGCAGCCUGGCCUUCCUAUCCAUAGCACCAGCCAUGCCACAAAAAUUGCCUUGCUUGAAACCCCCAGGAAAAUGCCAGGCAAGUGGAAGCCAUUGGCCUCGAAGGCUGUGGACCUUGGCCUGGGUGGCCUUGAGCCUGACCAUCCUCCAAGCCUCCAAAAGAAGCCAAAGCCUAAAGAAACAGCAGCCAAGAGCAAGUUUGUGGACCAGUCCUUGUGUCGGGCAGACAUGUCUGCGGAGCUGAUGUGCACUGAAGGGAUCCCUGGACAUUUCCAAAAUGAUCCUGUGACCCCCGGGAAGGGUGGUGACAGACCUCUGUCUGCCAGCCCGCCCUUGUCCCCAAAUGUGCCUUCCUGCUCAGAAGGUGACAGCAGCUCCGUGGACAGUGACGACAGCCUAGAGCAGGAGAUCCGGACGUUUGGGGCACUAAAAGCACAGUCCAGGAGGGACACCUGCCCACAGUCCUCACACAGCCCACUGGCCUUGCCUGGCCCCAACAGGCAGGCUUGUGGCCCCAAGGCCCCUGUCUCUAAAACACUGGACCUGUCACUGAGCUGCAAAGGGCAAUGCAGAGGAGGUGGCAACACCCUGUGGCCGUCCAUACCCAAGAAAACAAGAGAGGUGGCAAAGGAGGGUGCCUCAGAUGCUGCCCUCGGCCAAAGGAAAGCACAGCCGGCCAAGGAAAAGCCAGUGAGGCGCCUGGAAGGGAGGGCAGGCCAGGAGGUAGCCUCUCCCCUGCAGGACUGUCGGGCUGGCAUGUCACUGGGCCACGGGAAGGCUGUGGAAGCGAGGAGUGUGGAUGAGAAGGAGAGCUCCUAGGACAGCAGUAGCUCACUGGACAUCGACGAGGAUCUGGACACCGCCAUUAAGGACUUGUUACGAUCCAAGUGGAAGCUCAAGAAGCCUUGUAGGUGUUGGGACCCCAGAGCUGUGUGCAGGAAGGUGCAUGAAGACAUGGGCCCUGGGUCAGUUGAUGGCCUCCAGAGAGGCUGGAAGGACAGAAGCCCGCCCUUGUUGAAAAGCCGCCUGUCAAAGUCCAAAAGGGACGGCAGGGAGGACCCACUGAGGAAACCUUCCAGCAGCUUGUACAGCCCCACAGAGAGAGCAAAGCUGUGCAGGGCUGGGCCUGCCGCCAGCCCCAGCUUCAGUCUGACAUCAGUUCCAUGGACAGUGACAACAGCAUCGAGCUGGAGAUCUGGAAGGUGGUGGCCCCAGCCCUGGUCACACAGGGCCAGAGGGGCAGGGGGAUCCCUCAGCCAGCUACGGACCGAGGGGUGGCCCCGCACAGAGCCGGCCUGCCUCCCCACUGCUCUGUCCAGAGGCCAGCUGGCACCACCCAGGAGCACCAGUGGGCCUUUGUCUGCCAGAGGGUCACCUGCAGGUAUGAGAAAACUUUAUCCUCACAAAGACCAGAGCCCACAGUGGCACACACUCCUGGGGGGCUCGCCUUCUGGGACUGCAGAGUGGCCCAUGUUUGGAAGCUCACACUUGCUCAUGAAGAAGAAGUGUGGACACUGGCCCAAGAGGAAGGCACUGGCAGCACUCGGCUCACAAGACAGCAGGAACUUGGGUUCAGACGAGGACAUUUUAGACCAGAGGUAUAGAUGGAGGGUGGAUAGAGGAGGAGAACAGGAGGCAUGGGGUAGUGACCCCAGUGAGCUGAGUGACAUCUCCAUGGAGGAUGGUGGCCCACGGUCAGGGGCAAAGUCCUCAAGCUGUGAGUGCAGGUCCUGGUGCUGGCGUAUCUGUGGAUGGCGCAUGUAUGUGUUUGUACCUGUGCAUGUAUAGGUGACACUGUGGGUAGCGGAGGAACGGGGGCCACUGUAACCACCCUGUACAUACAUACAUUAACAGGAAACAAUGCCCUUAUUUAA